GAACUAAUUCCUGGUCUCCGGCCACUGCCCCGCCCCAUCCGGCUCCGUGACGGGCAUCCCCCGGCCUCCAAUCGGAGGUCCUGCUGGGAGGAGCUGCAGGGCCAGUUCAUUUUGGCGGUUCAAUUUCAACAUGGCUGAGGUGAGCCGAGAUAACGAAGCUGCGGGAAGGGGGCCUGAGGGCGCCUCUCCGGAAGCUGUGCCAGAGGACGCGACCAUCUCCAGGGUGAAACUCCUCGACACCAUAGUAGACACUUUCCUCCAGAAGCUCGUCGCCGACAGGAGCUACGAGCGGUUCACCACCUGUUACAAACACUUCCACCAGUUGAACCCUGAGGUGACGCAGUGGAUCUAUGACAAGUUUGUGGCUCAGUUGCAGACAUCCAUCCGGGAGGAAAUCUCAGAAAUCAAAGAGGAGGGGAACCUAGAAGCUGUCCUGAACUCCCUGGAUAAGAUCAUAGAAGGCGGCAAAGACCACGGAGAGCCAGCCUGGCGACCCAGUGGAAUCCCAGAGAAAGACCUGUGCAGUGUCAUGGCACCCUACUUCUUGAAGCAGCAGGAUACCCUGUGCCAUCAAGUGCGGAAACAGGAAGCCAAGAACCAGGAACUGGUCAACGCUGUCCUGACCGGACGCAGGCAGGUGGAGGAGCUGCAGCAGCAGGUUCAGGCCCUCCAGCAAACAUGGCAGGCUCUGCACAGGGAGGAGAGGGAGCUGCUGUCGGUGCUGAGGGCGCCGGAGUGAGCAGCCGCUGGCCCCAGAGCCCGGCCCUGCAGAGCGAGCGCCUGUGAAGCCAGUUUCCAGGUGUUAAUGGAGUCCUCCACCACCGCGUAGGUUCUGUUGGGGUCACACUACCUUCAGAUUCCUGCCACCAUCUUCUGCCUGCAAGAUUGGGACUCCCACCCUGGGCCUCAGACACCAGGUUUUGUCUUCUGGAGUUGCAGCCAGCCCUGCCCCAUGAGGGACGGGAUUUGGGUUUCUGUCUCCACUGAUUGCCGCCUUGUUCUCCCUGACUGAUUGCUGCCUUGCUGGCUAGCCCUAGGGCCCUGCCAUGUUCUCCCCACAUCCGUAAAUAAACUUCCUUUCCCACACUGU